AGCCGCGCUGGGCCCGAGCGGCUCCGAGCGGCCGCCGGCGGCCCGUGCGCGGCCCCUGCUUCACCGGGGCCGCCAGGGGGCCGCGGCCGCCGGAUCGCGGGGUCCCUCGUCUCGCUGGGCGGCGCGCAAAAGGGGGCGACGCCCGGUCGCGGGGGGGCGCUCCCCGGAAAAGUGCACCUCCAUCCCCUCCCCCUCCACAGUUGUCGCUCCCCCCCGAUUGAGGGACGCCCAGUCGCAGGGUUGGCGCGCCGCGGCGGGCACACCUCGUGGAGAUGCAGGCGGGCCUCAUGGAGAAGCAGGCGGCCAGGGUCCUCGUGGCGGGGCGCGGGCAGCCCCUGGCGGCGGGCUCGGGCCUGUCCGCCGCGGGGGCCAUGAGGCUGCGGAGCUGGGACGCCAGCCCCUCUCCGACGCCUCCCGCCAAGGCCCGGGCGUCGCCGCUGCUCUCGGCGCGCCGGGCGCGGGUCGUGCACCCCGCGCCCGCCAGCGGGGCGGAGCGCGAGGUGGCCGUGGCGGCCGCGGGGCUGGGGCCGAAGUUCGGGUGGCAGGACGCGCCAGACGUGACGCAGGAGCCGAUCACGAUGGUGGGCGCGAGCGAGCUCGAGGGCGCGCCUCCGCCCCAUCAGCUCGCCGCCGCCAUGCCCUCGGAUCGCGAGCGCUUCUUCGGCAGGUUGUCCGCCGCUCAGGUGCAGGCCGAACUGGAGCGCCAGAGUACCCUGCUGAGGGGGCUGGUGCGCGACAUGGACAUGGUCAAGAACGCCUUGUGGCACAUCGAGGACGACAAGGGGCCCGUGGAGGCGCGGCUAGAGCGCCUCGAGGGGCUGUCCGACGCCGCGCUGGUGGCGGAGAAGCUGGGCGGCUUCGAGGGCCGCGUCGCGCUCAUGGAGGCCAGGCUCGCGCAGGCCGAGGAGAGCCGGGAGCGCGAGCUGGUUCCUCUCGCGGAUCGGGUGGCGCUGCUGGACGCGCGAGCGCUGGUCCUGGAGGCCCGGCCGGUGGUCGAGCCGGGCGCGGUGAAUGUGGCGCUCUCUGGUCUCGAGGCGCAGGUGGACGCCGUGCGCGCGGAUCUGGCCCUCUGCGGCCGCAGGACCUCCGCGCUCGACGCGCAGGUCAGCUUCGCCAGGGACUCGAUCGGCGCCCGCGUGAACGCGCUCGAGGCCUGCCUGGGCGCGGCGCCCGCCGGGGCGCCCGCGGCGCCGGAGGCCCGCGCGGGCGGGCCGCCCGCGGAGGCGCCCGCGGCGCCCGGGGCCCGUGCGGCCGCGAGGGCAUCGGUCAGCAAGGCCGUCGCGAGCGCGCUGGGGAAGGCCAGCGUGCGGGACUCGUGGGCGGCGGCGGAGGCCAGGGGCUCGGCCGCAUCGGUCGUCGGCGGCGUCCUGCGGAGGUCGCUGGAGAGGCUGGGCGCGCUCGGGGCGGAGGUCACGGCGGGCGAGGGGCCUGCGCCCCCGUACCAGCUGCAGGGGGCCAGGGCCAGCGAGGAGCCCGUGUCCCCACGCGGAUUGCAAAGAUUGAGGACGCAGGAGUCCCAGGCCUCGGAGGUGAGCGAGUGGCUCUCUGGAGGAUAUGGGCAGGGAUCUCCGGCGGCAAGCUCCUACAGAGGGCUGGUCCUGGAUAUGGUGAGUCAGAUCACGGAGAAGACUGUGAACGAGGGGCGUGCUCCAGCGGCUUGAGCGCCGAAGAGCCGCAGGAUUCGUGACCUCAAUGGCUGGCCAUGCGUCGCGCGAUGUCGGCUGGAUGGCGCGGAGUACGAUACGAUAGGGCCGAGCUACUAGUGACUUUUGGCGCGGCGCUCCCUCGCGCUCGCUGGGCCGGCGUCGAUCCGGCCAAGUAUGUUACGUAUUGAGCUGUGCAGGAAGGGGAG